AUGGAGGUCAACCCAACCAAGGAGCAAGCUGUCGCCAGCAUCUUCACACCCCCACAGACUGCGCAUACCGGUCCCUUUGCACGGGUACUGGAUGUGUACACAGCAUUCCAAGACCGGAGAGAACUAUUAGGAUUGGCCAACCCCGGCACCGUUGAGGGAAUUGCGAGGGAAGUGCAGCGCGAUGUGUUCUUGAACAACUCGAGCUUCUCUGGCCUGCGCGCCGAGCUCACCAAGGCCUUCAGCGCCGCUCCUCUGUUCCAGGUUGCGCACUCGCUGUCUAUGGGAUCGCAGCUGCAGCCACCCUACUCAUACAUGGUCCUCUAUGGAUCACCAAGGGUGUUUAUGCAAGGUAGCCUCGACAACGACCUGCAAUUCUCUGGUCGCUUCAAUUGGCGAUGGACAUCUGCAUUCGUUACCAAGUCUGCUGUGCAGCUCACAUCGCAAGGCAACAUGGUCUCGCUCGAGAACGACUACACCGGUGCCGACUUCUCCGCCUCGCUCAAGGCUGUGAACCCUUCCCUACUCGAUGGUGGCGUAACUGGUAUGCUCAUGGCUAGCUACCUUCAGGCUGUCACGCCUAAAUUGUCGCUCGGCAUCGACGCCUUCUGGAGCCGUGCCGCCAUGGCAUACCCACCAGAGCUCAACGUCUCCUACGCAGCACGAUACAAGGCUGCAGACUGGAUGGCUUGCGGACAAAUCAUCCCCGACCGCGGCGUGUUGGAGGCCUCAUACUGGCGCAGGAUCACAGACAAGGUCGAGACGGGCAUCAACUGCAACCUUGCAUUUGCCGGAAUUGGACCCGGAGGACCAAUGGCUGGUCCACAGAAGGAGGGCAAUGUCACAAUUGGUGCCAAAUACGAUUUCCGUGCGUCAUCGUUCAGGGCGCAAAUCGACAACCAGGGCAAGGUCUCGUGCUUGUUGGAGAAGUUGAUUGCACCACCUAUCAGAGUCACCUACUCUGGUGAGAUCGACCACAAGCAGAACACCGCCAAGCUCGGUCUUGCCGUCGCGAUAGAAGCAGCCGACGAGGCAGUAAUGGAGCAACAAGAGCAGUCUGGCGCCGCCAUGUCCGCCGGUGCCAUCCCCUUCUAA